CGUUCUGAGCCCAUCCAUGGAAGUUUAGGGCCCGAAGUGGGCCCCCCACCAAGUUCGACCUGAGAGCGCAGCCCACCCGCCGCUGCCGGGCAGGCCGGGAAGAGGAAGAUGUCCGUGCCCAGGCGGAUGCUGCGGGUCUCCAAUCGCUCCCUCCUCGCCUUCAUCUUCUUCUUCUCCCUCUCCUCGUCCUGUCUCUACUUCAUUUACGUGGCUCCGGGCAUCGCCAACACAUAUCUCUUCAUGGUCCAAGCUCGAGGAAUAAUGUUGAAAGAAAAUGUGAAAACAAUAGGACAUAUGAUAAGGUUGUACACAAACAAAAACUCUACCCUCAACGGUACAGAUUAUCCUGAAGGCAAUAAUUCAAGUGAUUAUCUUGUUCAAACAACAACAUAUCUUCCAGAAAACUUCACCUAUUCACCAUACCUCCCUUGCCCAGAAAAACUGCCUUACAUGCGGGGAUUCCUCAAUGUCAACGUAAGUGAAGUAAGUUUUGAUGAAAUUCAUCAACUCUUCUCCAAGGAUUUAGAUAUUGAACCAGGAGGACACUGGAGGCCUAAAGACUGUAAACCUCGGUGGAAGGUGGCAGUUCUUAUUCCUUUCCGUAAUCGCCACGAGCAUCUUCCAAUUUUUUUCUUGCAUCUGAUUCCAAUGCUUCAGAAACAGCGACUGGAAUUUGCUUUUUAUGUCAUUGAACAGACGGGUACGCAGCCUUUUAACCGUGCCAUGCUUUUCAAUGUGGGCUUCAAAGAGGCUAUGAAAGACAGUGUCUGGGACUGUGUGAUCUUCCAUGAUGUGGAUCAUCUACCUGAAAAUGACCGCAACUAUUAUGGAUGUGGGGAAAUGCCUCGUCAUUUUGCAACAAAGCUGGAUAAAUACAUGUAUAUUCUUCCAUACAAAGAAUUUUUUGGUGGUGUGAGUGGACUGACAGUGGAACAGUUUAGAAAGAUCAAUGGUUUUCCCAAUGCCUUCUGGGGAUGGGGAGGAGAAGAUGAUGACCUUUGGAAUAGAGUUCACUAUGCUGGAUAUAACGUAACAAGACCAGAGGGAGACUUGGGAAAGUACAAAUCUAUUCCUCAUCACCACAGAGGGGAAGUCCAGUUUUUAGGACGGUAUAAAUUACUAAGAUAUUCGAAAGAACGUCAGUUCAUCGAUGGUCUGAAUAAUUUAAUAUGUACGCCAAAAGUACUGGUUGAUAGGUUGUAUACAAAUAUAUCUGUAAACCUCAUGCCAGAGUUAGCUCCAAUCGAAGACUAUUAAAGGAAGUGGCUUUCAUGGCUGAAUGGAUCCCAAUGCUGGAUAAUAAACUUGUAGCCAACUCUAAGUGGAGGACUGUGAAUGGACCUGUCCCAGUGCCCUGUGAGAUGAGCCGAGAGGCCCCCGUGUUUACAGUGCAGGAUUAUCGAGUCAUCCUCCGUCUGCUCAUUGUGGACUCUGGGAUACCCCUUGGGAAAUACUGCAGACACCACAUGCCAUUGCUUAAGACUGGAAGUUCAGAGCACUCCUUAUAAAGAGAAAAUUUUUAUACUAAAAUCUGUAAUUUAACCGAAGAGAAUGCUUUAUUUCUGUUUAAACCUAUUUUGUACAUAUGUGAUGUAAAUUAAUGUGUUCAAAAUGUUGAGAAAUUAGAUGUGUUGCAGUUUUGCAUGUAAUUGGUUAUGCCUUUAUGGGAUUUUUAUAGACAUUUUUUAUUUGCAUGGGAAAAACAGUGUAAAUCUGUCACUAAACAAAGGUUAACCCUUGUGUGAGAUGAAGGAACUGUCAAUAAUUGACAGCCAACUAAUACAGUAAACUGUUAUACUAGUUUUGAGCUUUAGACCUUCAGCCUUUUGUGUGGAAGAAGUCACAGCUCUCUUAGAGUUUUAAAGGAUAAGAGGGGAGGGCUUAAACAGCUUUUCUUCCUUAUAGGAUCAUCUAUUUUAUUCCUUGCUUGCAAUCUCAUCAGAUUUUGCUAAAUCACAACCAUAUUGUUUAUGCAUAUUGCAUGAGUAUUACCAAGAAAAUUUUAAAAGUUGUGAUGUGACAUGAUAUAAAGGAUCUUUUUUUAUGUUAAUUGUCUUUCAUGUACCUCUGGUGUUAAGUGUCAGGGAUUUUGUGCCUCAAAAGGUUCUGUGUGUGUGUGUGUACUUUGUAUUUUCUUUCUCUUAUUUUUAAUUCUGAUUAGCAUUUUUAUUAUUUCCAUUUCAGAAAGCCAAAAAUAAAUUUCAUUUGAAAAAAAUCAGAACCAUUUUCUUUGAAAAGAAUGAGCUUUUAGAAAGCACAGUAGUAGUUAAAAUAUACAAAUGGAUUGUACUAUUAGAUAAAUGUUCUAUUUUUGUGAAAAUAAAUGCUUAGUAGAUUGAAACAAAUUUUAAUUCUUAGAUUCAUGGAAUUUCAGGUUUUGAAGAGAUCCUUUAAUGUUGGCAAAGUUCAUUUAAACCAUUAUUUUCAUUUACAGAUUAUAUCUGUGGUAUAAAUUCUUAAAAUAUCCUCACUAAAAACAUGAAUUAGUAGAACUCUUAAAAUACACAAUCAGUUAUUUAAUACAUUGUUAUAGACACUUCCCUGAAAACAAGUCUCACUAUCUGACAUCAAAUUUGGAUGCUGUUUUCAUGACAGCACCAAACAACAUCCUUGCUUUGAAAACUAUUAUAGUUAACCAAAGAUUAUUUAAAAUAUUCAGAUAUUUUCACAAAUUUAAAGCAAAACAUUGUAUAUUUGUAAAGUGAAUUUUCAACAAUGAAAAACAAUAGAAAUCUAUAAAUGAGAGCUACUUUUACUAUGUUUCCUCACAAAUUAUUCACCUAAAACAGAAAUAUGGUUAUCUAUCUCAGGUUGUAGUUUUAAUUUUGAAAUGUCAUUUCUGUGAUAUUAUUGAUAGUACAAAUAACCACAGACAAGAUUAUGAAAUAACUGCAAUUCUUAUACUUUGAAAAAAUUGGUAGACCUGUUAUAAUGCCAAGCAGGACUGUCCAAAAUUUGUUUCUUAGAGGAGGUGUAAAUAUUUAUCUUUUUGUUUGCUGUUACUCAAAAUAAUGAAAAAUCAAACAUCAUGAAAAAUAAGAUUAAGAAAUGAUUUAUUUUCUGUCUUGUAGCCACUGUAGUUUUAAAUUUUUGAUAAAAUGAAAGAAAGUAGGCUGGGAAUGUUCAAAUUUGAUUAUUUACAAGAUUGUAAGGACAUAGGAGCAUAAUUUACCCAAUGAGACUUAAAUAUUUUAGUUGGAGGGGAAAUUAGGGCUGUUUCUGAAUUUUAUUAGUAAAACAUAUAUUUUUAAUGUGGCACUCUCCACAUUUUGAAAUCUUUUCAUUUUGAUACACAUUUUACAUUUUCAAGAGAACACAAUACUACUAGUUUUGCCUUAUUUUCUUGAAUUACAUCUAAUUAAUUUUGUUUGAGGGUUAGUACAAAUAUGUUUUUCUUUUUGAAAUUUUUAAUGUGCUUUUCCAUUUUGUGUAAAAUAAUCACAUUUUUAUUUUUCUUUUUAAAGUAAAACUUAAAACAUACUUAAAAUUGAUUUUGCUUCUAAAUAGUGACUUUGGUGUGUUUUCAUAAGAGUAACAGAGCUUUGCCCAGUUAUUUUACUUGUGUGAAAAUAUGUGUUUCAUAUAUAUUAACAAAUGCCUUGAAAAUACAAAACCAUCCUCUUCAUGGUUAUAUUUGAUGAAGAGAAUACCUGCUCGGUAUUGGAUGCAAUGUAUUGAUUACUGCUCUGGAACAUAUAUUGAUAACCUGCUCGGUAUUAGAUGCAAUGCUAGGUUUAUCUACAGGAAGUUUUAUUUCAGUUAUAGAGAAAUCAAAUCAAGCAAGUUGAAACCUUAAAAAAAAACUAUGAAGACAUUCUUGGAAAAUUAUCUCUUGUACUUUUUAGUCUCAAAGUCAAAAAAUUGUAGACAGUUAUUAUGAAGACCCUAUGGCACUAUUGGAAAAGUAAUAUAGUACCUCUUAGCUAGAAAGUAGGAAUGAUUAAUGGGUCUGUUUGUAGAAAGGAAAAGGGAAACGUGCACAUAUUUGUAGUGUCACAGUGUAACUAGUUGCUUUAAUCUUUGUCAGAACUAGAAUUUAGUGAAUAUUUCUUUAAUCUGAAUUUCUGUUUGUAUUUUAUGAAAAGCUGUUCAGUAAGGAAAUCUUAUUUGCAUUCUUAUGUAAAUAAAAAUAUAUUUAAAAAACUUGCUUUACUUCUUUCCCAGCUGAAAUAUUAAUAUCCAUUUUAAGGCAAAGUGGAAAAAUAUACAAUUCAUUAUACUCCUCCUUUUGGAGACACCCUACAAAUGAAGGCAGAUUUUAUAUAAUUUUAUUUUGCCUUUGCUUAUCUUAUAUUCCUUUACAUACAUUUCAGUCAGGUAAAUAUUAUUAUUCUAUAUUUAUUAUCUUGUAUUUGUAAGUAUGCCAACUGAGAGAACUUAAAUGUCCUAGCAUUGUUUAUCAGAAAGAAAAGUGUACUUAAAAUUAUUUUAUUUAUUAAGAUCUGAAAGGCUUCUAUGUAAAAUGCACUGAAAUAAAUGCUAAAAAUUUCUUGUACUCAUUUUUUCUUUUGCUUCUCAUAGAAAUGUUUGUACUUUUUUAUCAUUGUCUUUUAUGAAAUAUAAUGUUCUAAAGACA